GCCGGGCCGGGCCGAGCCGAGUCACUCCCCGUCCCGAGUCCCGCGGCGGAGCGGCUCGGCUCGGCUCGGCUCGGCUCGGCUCGCAGCAUGAAGGAGACGAGGCUGUGGCGGGCGCUGCUCGCCGUGGCGCUGGGGCUUUCGCUGCUGCUGUUCGUGGCCGGUGACUUCUGCGAUGUAAACUACUGUCAGAACGGGGGCACCUGCCUGACUGGGAUUAAUGAGACCCCCUUCUUCUGCAUCUGUCCUGAGGGCUAUGUUGGGAUUGACUGCAAUGAGACUGAGAAAGGCCCCUGCCACCCCAAUCCUUGCCACAACAAUGGUGAGUGCCAGCUGGUCCCAAACCGAGGGGAUGUCUUCACCGACUACAUCUGCAAGUGCCCUGCAGGGUACGAUGGGGUGCACUGCCAGAACAACAAGAAUGAAUGCUACUCCCAGCCUUGCAAAAAUGGAGGCACCUGCCUAGAUCUGGAUGGUGACUACACUUGCAAGUGUCCUUCUCCAUUCUUGGGGAAGACCUGCCACGUCCGCUGUGCUGUUCUCCUGGGCAUGGAAGGAGGAGCCAUCUCUGAUGCCCAGCUCUCAGCAUCCUCUGUCUACUACGGCUUCCUUGGCCUCCAGCGCUGGGGGCCAGAGCUCGCUCGCCUCAACAACCAAGGCAUUGUCAAUGCCUGGACCUCCAGCAACUACGACAAGAGCCCAUGGAUCCAGGCCAACCUGCUGCGGAAGAUGCGUCUGAGUGGGAUCAUCACACAAGGUGCUCGCCGCGUGGGCCAGCAGGAGUAUGUCCGUGCCUACAAAGUCGCCUACAGCUUGGAUGGACGGGAAUUCACCUUCUACAAGGAUGAGAAGCAGGACGCAGACAAGAUUUUCCAGGGGAACAUGGACUAUGGCACCAUGCAGACCAACAUGUUCAACCCUCCCAUCACUGCCCAGUUCAUUCGUAUCUACCCCGUGAUGUGCCGCCGUGCCUGCACGCUGCGCUUUGAACUCAUUGGCUGUGAGAUGAACGUGUAUUUCAACACGGCAGGUUGCUCGGAGCCUCUGGGCAUGAAAUCGCGCCUCAUCUCUGACCAGCAGAUCACAGCCUCCAGCGUCUUCAAGACCUGGGGCAUCGAUGCCUUUACCUGGUACCCCCAUUACGCUCGCCUGGACAAGUUGGGCAAAACCAAUGCCUGGACAGCCCUCAACAAUGGCCCGUCCGAGUGGCUGCAGAUUGACCUCCGGGAUCAGAAGAAGGUGACGGGCAUCAUCAUGCAAGGAGCCCGUGACUUUGGGCACAUCCAGUAUGUGGCAGCCUACAAAGUGGCCUACAGUGACAACGGCACAUCCUGGACCCUCUACCGGGACAGCCAGACUAACAGCACCAAGAUCUUCCAUGGUAACAGUGACAACUACUCGCACAAGAAGAAUGUGUUUGACCUGCCCUUCUAUGCCCGCUUCGUCCGAAUCCUGCCUGUGGCCUGGCACAACCGCAUCACCUUGCGCGUGGAGCUGCUGGGUUGCGAUGAGUAGGCUCCCGGGGAGUAAGGAUGAGGCUGCUCUUUCCCACUGCCUGGCGUGCCCUCUGCCCAUCCCUGCCCAUUCCUGCUCCAACCUCACAACCUUCUCUCCAUGUCCCCAAACUCAGGAGGUGACCAGGAGGGCUCUCCUGCCCCUCAUUUGUGCUGGGGCUGCAGCACUGCACUUCAUGAGGCCCUUGCGGGUGGGAUGCGGGAUGGCUCCUGCCCUUUCACCCUGCUAGCAAGAGGUGAAACCCCUUUCCGCAAACAGAGCUUGGCUGGGGGACCUUCUCCUGCAACUGGGACUUCCUUGGGGGACCUCAUCUUGCAAAUGGAGCUUUGCUGCAGGACCCUGUCCUACAACCAGGGCUUGGCUGCAUCCUCCCAGCCGAGCCUGGAGGCAAAUUUUCUCCCCAUAUUGCUUCUGCUUCCAGCAGACAGGCUGCAGCCAGCGGCAGUUCCUUGCCUGCACUGGAGCUCGGGGGCUCAGCAGUUUUGGGGAGCUUAGAGCAAGCACCCUGGGCUCGCAGUCUCCAACGUUCCUUCUGCUCCCUGCGUGGCAGCUAGGAAGGGUUCUGAAAAACCUACUUUGCUGUUAUCCCCUGCCUGUUCUGCCAGGCCCCGGAUCUCCUUGUCUGCAGUGUCAGCGCCGCAUAGUGUGACAGGAUUGAUGAAAUGGCUCCUAUCAAGAGUUACCAAUCCUCAUUGCCAGUGGCUCUGCCUGCUGGGCGCUCCUGGCAGGUGCCAUGGCUGGCUUUUUGGCAGGCACUGCCCGUUCCCCUUCCAAGGGUGCUCCAAGUCUCAGCAUUGCUGCCAUCCCCACCUUACUGCAGUUUGGGGUGCCUGGAGGUCCCUCUCUCCCAGGGCCAAGCGGUGACCAGAGGGGCUGUGAUGUGGUAGUGGGGGAGAGAUGGUUUGUAGCCACAAGGGUGCAGAGAAAAGAUGGGAAAGGUGGUGGUUAAAUCACACAAAUGCAGUAGGCAGAGAGCUGUGCCAUGACCCUUUUUGUAACCUCAUUUUUUCCCUUUCUGUGGGGUGGAAUGCCUGAGCCCUCAGGAUUAGAAGUAGGAGAUGAGUGAGACCCGGCACUGGCAGGUGGGAGCGCGAGUAGGGUGUCCGGGCAGCGGCACUGGUGGCGAUGCUUCCUCUGCCUGCUGAGAUGCGAAGUGGCUGUGCGGCUGAGCCGGCAGCAGGUUUGCUUUGGCAAGCGCAGAGGGAGCCCAGGUGGGAUGGCGGUGGCGGCCCUGCUCUGGGGUGUCUGACAGUAUUAAAACCAGCUGAAUCUUCGGAA